AUGACCUCUAAGGUCAUGCGAAGUCAACAAUAUCCGACAUUUAUCAACUCAGGUGAGAAGAAUAACAAGGUUGAGAGAAAGACCGGCUUAUUAGUAUUACUGACGGAAAGGAAGGAUGAAAACAUCAUAAAUUUGACGGAAAGGAAGGAUCAAUGGACUGAAAUUCUGUCAUCUGUUCCAAGAGCUUCCAUGUAUCACAAUUUUCUGUCAAAAGAAGAAUGUGAGCAUUUGAUCAAUCUUGCCAAGCCUUUCAUGGCAAGAUCACUUGUUGUCGAUGGCGUAACUGGAGAGGUUAAAGAAAGCAGCUCUCGAACUAGUUCAGGAAUGUUUCUGGAUAGAGGAAAGGACAAAAUUGUCCAGAAUAUUGAACGGAGAAUUGCUGAUAUUACCUCCGUACCAAUAGAGAAUGGAGAAGGACUUCAUGUUAUUCACUAUGGAGUCGGGCAAAAAUGUGAGCCUCAUUACGAUUACACCUCUGAUGGGGUCGUCACUAAGAAUGGAGGCCCACGAGUUGCUACAGUUCUUAUGUAUCUGUCUGACGUUGAAGAAGGUGGUGAGACUGUAUUUCCUGAUGCUCAGCCCAACUUUACUUCUGUAUCCAAAUGUUCUGGAGAUGGUCUAUCAGUGAAACCAAAAAUGGGCGACGCUCUGCUGUUUUGGAGCAUGAAGCCAGAUGGCACACUAGAUACUUCUAGUUUACACGGCGGUAGUCCAGUAAUUAGAGGAAAUAAAUGGGCUUCAACUAAGUGGCUGCAUCUUCGGGAGUGCAAACUUUCGGGCACUACACAUGCAGAGAAGGUAACACUUGUGCCAACAAACAUGCUGCCCUGA